GCACUAGACUGUGGGGCGUUCUCACAGCGCAGCUCCUGCAUCCAUAAAUCCAUCUCUCUACCCAUCUGCUCCCCCCCCCCUCCUCCUCCUACUUCCUCCUCGUUCCAGCACAGCACAGCCUGACGGACUGACGCACCACUGUGUACCAGGCCGUGCUCGCCCACCCAACCCUACACUGACUAGGGUAGCGCUCUCUCUCUAUUGCCUUGGGUGGAUUCUCCAUGAAUGGAUACACUAAGGGAGGCUGUUAGCUGAUCAAGGAGAGGAACAAAAAAACAGAGGGCAGAGGAAGACGGAGGAACCCUCUGCGGUCGUCGAGGAAGUGGUGGUGGUUAGGUGUCAGGACUGCCUGGCGACAAGCCCACCCUCCUGACAGGUCUGUCCCCGGCGAGGUUUACGUCCCCACUCACAGGCAGCAUGGCGGGAGCCUCGGUAAAGGUGGCGGUGAGGGUCCGACCCUUUAAUUCUCGAGAAACUGGGAAGGACAGCAAGUGCAUCAUACAGAUGUCAGGGAACACUACAACGAUCAUAAACCCCAAGCAACCAAAAGAGAACAAAAGUUUCAACUUUGAUUACUCCUACUGGUCACACACAACGCCGGAGGACAUCAACUUUGCGUCCCAGCAGCAGGUGUACAAGGACAUCGGGGAGGAGAUGCUGCUGCAUGCCUUCGAGGGCUACAACGUCUGCAUCUUCGCCUACGGCCAGACCGGAGCAGGGAAGAGCUACACCAUGAUGGGCCGGCAGGAGAAGGACCAGGAGGGGAUCAUCCCUCUGAUGUGUGAGGAUCUCUUCACCAAGUUUAAUGACAGCAAUACCGACAACAGCACAUCCUACUCUGUGGAGGUGAGCUACAUGGAGAUCUACUGUGAGCGUGUGCGGGACCUGCUCAACCCCAAGAACAAAGGGAACCUGCGUGUGCGAGAGCACCCCCUGAUGGGUCCCUACGUGGAGGACCUGUCCAAGCUGGCCGUCACCUCCUACAAUGACAUUCAGGACCUCAUGGACUCUGGCAACAAGGCCAGGACGGUGGCAGCCACCAACAUGAACGAGACCAGCAGCCGUUCUCACGCUGUCUUCAACAUCAUCUUCACACAGAGGAAACACGACAUGGAUAGUGAGAACACCACAGAAAAGGUCAGCAAAAUCAGCCUGGUGGAUUUGGCAGGGAGUGAGAGGGCUGAUUCAACAGGAGCCAAAGGGACCAGGCUGAAGGAGGGAGCAAAUAUCAACAAGUCCCUCACCACGCUGGGAAAAGUCAUCUCUGCUUUAGCCGAAGUGGACUCGGCACCCAAUAAGAACAAGAAGAAGAAGAAAGUGGAAAACCAUAUCCCUUACAGAGACUCGGUUCUAACCUGGCUACUGAGGGAGAACCUAGGAGGGAACUCUCGCACAGCCAUGGUCGCUGCCCUGAGCCCAGCUGACAUCAACUAUGACGAGACCCUGAGCACCCUCAGGUAUGCUGACCGUGCGAAGCAGAUCCGCUGUAACGCCGUCAUCAACGAGGACCCCAACAAUCGUCUGGUGCGUGAGCUGAAGGAGGAAGUGUCUCGCCUCAAGGACCUCCUCUACUCCCAGGGCCUGGGAGACAUCAUAGAGACAUAUCCGGGUCCUGGUCCUGUGAUAACGGGUUUGAAAUACUUGUGCGAUUACAAGAACUUUGUCAAUAAUCGCCAGGCUGUCAAUCAAAGGGGUGAUCUCUCCACAGUGAACCAUGCCAUGACGGGGAUGAGUCCCUCCCCCUCUCUCUCCGCCCUGUCCAGCCGCGCAGCCUCCAUCAGCAACCUGCACGACCGCAUCUUCAGCCCUGCCAGCGAGGAGGCCAUCGAGAGGCUCAAGGAAACAGAGAAGAUUAUUGCUGAGCUCAAUGAGACCUGGGAGGAGAAGCUGCGCAGGACUGAAGCUAUCCGCAUGGAGAGGGAGGCUCUGCUGGCUGAAAUGGGCGUGGCCAUGCGGGAGGACGGAGGCACAGUCGGUGUCUUCUCCCCUAAGAAGACCCCCCACCUGGUGAACCUGAACGAGGAUCCUCUGAUGUCAGAGUGUCUGUUGUACUACAUCAAAGAUGGCAUCACCAAGGUUGGCCGAGAGGACGCCAGCAGUCGUCAGGACAUCGUACUCAGCGGCCAUUUCAUCAAGGAUGAGCACUGCACUUUCACCAGCACCAUAGGGCCAGGGGGGGAAGGAAUCGUCACCUUGGAGCCCUGUGAGGGGUCAGAGACCUACGUCAACGGGAAAAGGGUGACCACGCCCACCGUUCUACGAUCAGGGACCCGCAUCAUCAUGGGUAAGAGCCACGUGUUCCGCUUCACCGACCCGGAGCAGGCGCGCCAGGAGCGGGAGAGGACCCCCUGCGCGGAGACCCCUGUGGAGCCGGUGGACUGGGCCUUCGCCCAGAGAGAGCUGCUGGAGAAGCAGGGCAUCGACAUGAAGCAGGAGAUGGAGCAGAGGCUACAAGAGCUGGAGGAUCAAUACCGCAGAGAGAGGGAGGAAGCCAGCAACCUGCUGGAACAGCAGAGACUGGACUAUGAGAGUAAACUAGAGGCCCUUCAGAAGCAAGUAGAUUCCCGCUACCUCGAGUCUCCAGUGGAGGAAGAGGAACCUGAAGAGGAAGUGCCCUGGACCACGCGAGAGACAGAGCUGGCCUUGUGGGCGUUCCGUAAGUGGCGUUUCUAUCAGUUCACCUCCCUGAGGGACCUGCUCUGGGGCAACGCCAUCUUCCUCAAGGAAGCCAACGCCAUCAGUGUGGAGCUCAAGAAGAAGGUGCAGUUCCAGUUUGUGCUGCUGACGGACACGCUGUACUCUCCGCUGCCCCCGGACCUCCUGCCCCCCAGCGUGGCCAAGGAGAGGGAGAGGCGGUCCUUCCCCCGCACCAUCGUAGCUGUGGAGGUCCAGGAUCAGAAGAACGGGGCCACACACUACUGGACCCUGGAGAAACUCAGGCAGAGGCUGGACUUGAUGAGGGAGAUGUACGACCGAGCAGCCGAGGUGCCCAGCAGUGCGGUGGACGACUGUGACCACGCCCUGACCGGAGGAGACCCCUUCUACGACCGCUUCCCAUGGUUCCGUCUGGUGGGCAGGGCGUUUGUGUACCUGAGCAACCUGCUGUACCCUGUCCCCCUGGUGCACCGCGUAGCCAUCGUCAGUGAGAAGGGAGAGGUGAAGGGCUUCCUUCGCGUGGCGGUGCAGGCCAUCUCAGCUGACGAGGAGGCACCAGACUAUGGCUCGGGGGUGAGGCAGUCUGGCACUGCCAAGAUCUCCUUUGAAGACCAGCAGUUUGAGAAGUUUCAGACGGAGUCAUGUCCAGGUGUUAUGUCCCACUCUAACGCCUCCCAGGAGGAGCUCCGCAUCGUGGAGGGGGAGGGCCAGAACUCUGAGAUAGGAGUGUCUGCUGACGAGGUCAACAACAACACUUGUGCAGCCACUCCAGAGCCCCCCAGCAGCCCUCUGAAGGGGGUCUUGGGCCCGGGUCUGGACCUCCCCUUGGAGCUCUGCCAGGAGAAGGCUCUGUCCCACCUGAGGAUCGGCAGCACCUUCACCUUCAGGGUCACCGUGCUGCAGGCGUCCAGCAUCUCCGCCGAAUACGCAGACAUCUUCUGUCAGUUCAACUUCAUCCACCGUCAUGACGAGGCGUUCUCCACUGAACCCCUGAAGAACACAGGCAGAGGACCUCCACUUGGCUUCUAUCAUGUCCAGAAUAUCACAGUGGAAGUCACCAAGUCGUUCGUGGAGUACAUCAAGACUCAACCUAUCGUCUUUGAGGUGUUCGGCCACUACCAGAAACAGCCUUUCCCGCCCCUCUGCAAAGAUCUCAUCAGUCCCCUUCGACCUUCAAGAAGGCAGUUCCCCAGGGUCAUGCCCUUGUCCAAACCAGUGCCGGCCACCAAGCUGAACACCCUGACUCGCUCCACUGCCGGACCGUGUCACUCCAAAUAUGACCUCAUGGCCUUCUUCGAGAUCUGUGAGCUGGAGGCCAACGGAGACUACAUCCCUGCCGUGGUGGACCACCGAGGAGGCAUGCCCUGCCACGGAACCUUCCUGCUCCACCAGGGAAUCCAAAGGAGGAUCACGGUUACCAUAGCGCACGAAACAGGAAAUGAUGUCGAGUGGAAGGAGGUUAAGGAGCUGGUGGUCGGACGGAUCCGCAACACCCCAGAGGCGGACGAGACAAUCAUCGAUCCCAACAUCCUGUCUCUCAACAUCCUGUCUGCUGGCUAUAUCUGGCCCUCGCACGACGACAAUGUUUCCCUGGGAGAUGACCAUAGGACGUUCUACCGGUUUGAGGCAGCGUGGGACAGCUCCAUGCACAACUCCCUCCUCCUGAACCGCGUGACUCCCUACGGAGAGAAGAUCUACAUCACCCUCUCGGCAUACCUGGAGAUGGAGAACUGUACUCAGCCCACGGUGAUCACCAAGGACUUCUGCAUGGUGUUCUACUCCCGGGACGCCAAGCUGCCCGCCUCCCGCUCCAUCAGGAACCUGUUCAGCACGGGCUGCCUGAGGCCCUCUGAGAGUAACCGUGUGACUGGAGUGUAUGAAGUCAGUCUCUGCCACGUGGCUGACAACGGAAGUCCAGGCAUGCAGCGGCGACGCAGGCGCGUGCUGGACACCUCGGUGGCGUACGUCCGCGGAGAGGAGAACCUUGCGGGCUGGAGGCCGCGCAGCGACAGCCUCAUCCUGGACCACCAGUGGGAGUUGGAGAAGCUCAGCUUACUGCAGGAGGUUGAGAAGACCAGACACUACCUGCUCCUGAGGGAGAAACUGGAGGCCACCUUGCAGGCCGGACAGGAUGUGUUGUGUAAGAGCAAUGACAUCAGCGACUUUGCCAAGAGCCCAGUCCUCAGCCACAGCCCUGGGGGCAUCCCCCCCCUGGAGAGCCCCAGCCAGAGGCAGAGAGAGCUGGCUGCCAAGUGUCUGCGGCUGCUCAUGCACACCUUCAACAGGGAGUACAGCCAGGUGAGCAGCAGUGCCAGUGAGAGCAAGCUGUCUGAGAUGUCAGCGUCGCUGAUGAGGGAAUCCUCCUCCUCCGGACUGAGCACGCUCACUCCAUCCUCUACUUGUCCCUCAUUGGUCGAAGGACACUAUGACAUCAGACACACGGAGCCCGGCUCAGGAGCGUCCACCCCAGACCUGGACCCCUACAGCCCCGUGGACAGGAAGAGGGCCUCCCGCGGCUGCACCUUCGUCCCCGACAUCCAGGAGAUCCGCGUCAGUCCCAUCGUGUCUAAGAAGGGCUACCUGCACUUCCUGGAGCCGCACACCAGCGGCUGGGUGAAGCGCUACGUGGUGGUGCGCCGGCCCUACGUGUACCUGUACCGCAGCGAGAGGGACAGCGUGGAGAGGGCAGUCAUCAACCUGUCCUCCGCCCAGGUGGAAUACAGCGAGGACAAGCAGACCCUGCUUCGGACUCCAAACACCUUUACCGUGUGCACCGAGCAUCGUGGGAUACUGCUCCAAGCCAGCAACGACAAGGAGAUGCAUGAUUGGCUGUACGCUUUUAACCCUCUGUUGGCUGGAACCAUCAGGUCUAAGCUCUCCAGAAGAAAGUCGGGCCCGAGGAUGUGAGGACUGCACACCCUUGUUGGAAAAGAACAAACAAACACAAUCUAAAGGCUUAACUGACCCCAA